CACAGCCGUAUGACACCCGCACGUGCGCUUCUGGAUCGAUGUCUGCGCGAACCAUGAAUGGGCCACUUCCGCUUAUUGCAACGCUUCUUCGAGGUCCAGAAGAGACCUACUGCGGUGCGUUGAUCGUCAGACAGUCAGCACAUUGUCGAGAAGAAGAGCGCGCUCAGGGCCAGGCUCCUCGAGGAACCCCAAUCUCUACACGGUCACUCACGUCAAGUCAAGUGCCCGUUUCAUUCAUGCACAUCGCGUCUAGUACAGAAUGCGACCGUCCAGGCUCAUAGACGGACGCGUUGCGGCAUGGGGUGGAAGACAUGCACACCGGUCGCUAGCACGCUGCAGUCGCAUCCCGAGCUCAAUCAAGCACGCCAUGGCGACGGCGCGGCAUUCAUGGACGUUGUGUGCGUGAACGCGACCUGCAUCUGCUCUCGUAGGUGAGUCAGAGUUGUGACACUAGCGGAACGCAAUGGGUACACAGGGUUUGGCACUUACAGCCAUAUGGCGUUUGCUCACACGCGAACCUCGCGAGUCAAGAAUGAACAGUUCUGGGUGCUGCGGCGGUCUUUCGAGAAAAGGCCUACCGCGGUGCGAUGCGCUGAUCGCUCUAUAGUCAGCGUGUCAUUCAUUGAGAAGAAUGCGCACGGGGCCAGACUCUCGGGAGAUUGCCACGUCGAGAUUUGGCAGACUUGGAGGUAUGCCGAAGGUAUUUCCUCCUUCAUGUUCGAGUGACUUUGAAUGCCUGUGUCUCGAUACAUGUUCUUUUACCUAUGAAUAUGAAC